AUGAUUUAAAAUCAACUUUUAGAUGCUAACAAAGAUGAAAGCAAGCUUUCUUCAGUCUAUCUUAAAAUAUAUUUGAAUGAGCAAAUUUAGGAAUUACCAGCAUUUUAAUCAUUAAUUUCCUAAAUUAGAGAUAAGCUCAUCGAUUUAAAGUUUUAAAAGUUGGAUUCUUAAAGGUAGUAAUUGCUAGUCAUGAAAUAUGAGCCAUCUAGUUAAACAAGACAAUUGAUCAAUAAAAUAAUACAAUUUCUUAAAAGUAACACAAAUAAUCAAAGUAUAAUUGAUGAUGUAGAAUUAGAAAUACUUAUAAUGAAAGCAAACAUUAUCAAUUUACAAAUGCUGCAUUAAACACUUGAGAAAAUUCUACAUGAUGUAAGUAAAUUUAAAUUAGUUUGCAAGAGCGAAAUUAAUGAAAAACAAUUAAAAUAAAUAAUUUAAACUCUAAAAGAAUUGAGAGUUAUUGAAUCAUUUUAGUUUAUUUGCCAAGAUAGAUUAUUGUUAUUUGAAAAGGAUCUUGAUACCUAAUUUAUUAAUGAGAUACAAGGAAUAAUAGUAAAUUCUAAGACUUUUAUAUUCAAUAACUAAUAGCCUUAAAAAGGAUACAAUAGCCAUGAGAUAUGUACCAUUCCAGGUCUACUUUCUAAAUCAAUUUCGAUAGCUUAAAAUCUUCUGAAUUUGGAAAUUAACUUUAACUAUGCAGGAUGGAUAAAAAGAAAUAGAGAAAGCAUUAUCUUAGCAAAAUUUCUAGAUGACUUUACAUUUUAUUUAAGCUAGUGGCCAACUCAAUUAUAAGUAAUAAAAGUAGGCUUUGAUAGAUUAAUAUGCUGUAAUGCUAAUUAUAAUAAUAUAAAUGUACAAAAAUUUUUAAAAGAAUUUGCCAAUAUGCUUUCAAAGUAAAAUAAUCUGAGAGAGCUUUACUUAAAUUUAGAAGGUAUCGGUUAUAGAUACAAUUAAAUUUAUCCUAACAUUUUCAACGAAUUAUGCUUGAUAACUCAAAGUAUAAAAACUGUCAAUAUUCUUAAACUUCUUAUUGGUGGAAAAAUUGAAUUAAGCUAGAAAGAUUGGAAUACAUUUUUUUAAGGGAUAAGCAGUAUAAAUAAUUUAUAAGAUUUAGAACUAAAUGUAGAGUGGUGGGUGUAAAAUGUUGACAAUCUCACUUAAGAACAAUAGUAUAAUAUUAUUAAUUCAUUUAUAAAUGAUUUAGUCUCUUAGCAUAAAUAUAAUUUACAAAGACUCAUUUUGAAUGUAGACAAUUGGGCAUUUUUAUUUCAAGUUAACAUAUUAGAUUUACUUUAAAGGAUAUCUAAAUUCGAAAAUCUCGUUUGCUUGUAGCUUUUACAUUCAAAAACAAAGAAUUUAGAAUAAUUUAAUUUAUUAAAACAAGCAGAAUAAUAUUAUAGUACACUUUAAAGCUACACUAUAAAUAUGAUAAUAACAUAAAAUACAUUUAAAAAAUCUUAAAUUUUAGAAAUUGUUAAUCAAACCUUAAAAAAUAAUUUCUCUGAAACUAUUUAAAAUGUUUACAAGAACUUAGCGAGUCAAAAUUUAUUUAAAGAAGAUAAAGACUUAAGAACUUCAAAAAUUAAAAGAACUUCAGAUUUUAUUAUCAGAUGCAUAUAGAGCAUUUUAGAUUUCUAAUUUCAUUUUUUAAAUGAUCUUUAGGAAAAUUUUUAUAACAUAAGCAUAGUAUAAGAUCCUAUAAGCCAAAUUACCUUAUUUAAAAAAUAAAGUUUCAUAGAAACUUACUUUUAAUAAAACCAAGAUCAUUAAUUUGUUGAUUCCAAUUGA